AUGGAGGAGGUGAUGGAGGAGGUUGUGGAGGAGGUGAUGGAGGAGGUGAUGGAGGAGGUGGUAGAGGAGGUGAUGGAGGAGGUGGUAGAGGAGGUGAUGGAGGAGGUGAGGGAGGAGGUGAUGGAGGAGGUUGUGGAGGAGGUGAUGGAGGAGGUGAUGGAGGAGGUGGUAGAGGAGGUGAUGGAGGAGGUGAUGGAGGAGGUGAGGGAGGAGGUGAUGGAGGAGGUGAUGAGGACGUGA